ACCGAUCUAGCAAGAAAGCGAUGGAACCGGUGAGCUGAGUUUACGUCAAUCGUACUCAUCCACGCUCUUACGUAUCAGCACAUCACGUGACAACCGAUCUGCAGCUGCACGCGGGAGUUGUUGAACUCAAAGUAUACUGUUUUUAUAAACAGUUUUUCUUCGGCCACCGCUGAGCAAAAUUUCAUUUUUUUUCAAUACGCUAGCACAGUUUUACUUAGCAGACUCAGGCGAGAUGUUGAGCUCCAAGCUGCUGACCCUUGUGUUCGUUGUCCAGCCGGGCAGAGUGCUACUGGGCAUGAAGAAGAGGGGCUUUGGUGCUGGAAAGUGGAACGGGUUUGGGGGCAAAGUUCAGCCUGGAGAAACCAUUGAGGACGCUGCUAGGAGGCAACUGGAAGAAGAAAGUGGUCUCACGGUGGAUGCACUCGACAAGAUCGGAAAUAUCAAAUUUGAAUUUGUGGGAGAAACGCAGCUACUUGAUGUCCAUGUUUUCAGAGCCGACACAUAUAAUGGAGAACCGACAGAAUCCGAUGAAAUGAGGCCUCAGUGGUUCGAAAGUGACAAAAUUCCUUUCAAUCAGAUGUGGGCCGAUGAUAUACUGUGGUUCCCUCUGAUGCUGCAGAAGAAGAAAUUUGUUGGAUACUUCAAGUUUCAGGGUCACGAUGUGAUUCUCAGCCACACGCUGGAAGAAGUGGAGGAGCUCUGAAGGGAAAUAAUCGAGCUGUUACUGGUGGCAUUUACAUCGGGGACCAAUAUAAAACCUCAGUCUUCUGGAAAUUGAGAAAUACCAGGAAUAAUCCAACGGUUUAAAUCACGGUUGUUUUGUGUCAUUAUGCGGAGGAAACGAAGAUAUCCUGUGGAGGGUUUACAUGUUAUGCAACUGUAACACAAUUAGAAACAUUUUUAUUUCUUUACAGGGUUUUUUUCCCCAUGAAAAUCAAAGCAGCACUACACUGAAAGAAAACAUCCAUAUUCUCAUUUUAUUUUUAGAGUAUCUGAUUCAACACAAUUCAGGAAGCACCUCUUUAGUGGAAUAUUUACAGUAUAUACAGUUCUGAAUUCAUUAGGUUUCAUAUUCUGUGCAGCACGUUUCCAAAAUUAAGGCGAUUACUAAAAUAAUUGUUUCAUACUGUAUAUACGGUAUUGGGAGUUUCUUCAUAAAAUACAUGUUUAAACCAGUUCAUUUGCAAUUUGAAACAUAGCUUCUUUAACAUGAACCCCAAAUUGCACCUUUGUUACAUACAUAAUUUUAGAAAAGUACAAAGUCAGACAGUGAAUGAGAAGAAAAUCCAGCAAAAUCCAGACAUUUUUGUCCUGAUAAUAAUACAUCUGUUGGCUGAUGUGCGCAAAAAUCUUCUUAAAAAAAUAAAAGUGAUGAUUGUUAAAUUGGGACGAUGCAGGAGUCCUGCUUUUAUGUACAGCAAAGGAGUGUAUUUAGGCAGCUUUGUCUUUGGUAGUAAAUCAAUAGCUUAUAGUGUUAUUAUCGACAUAUUAUGUCACUAGUGCCAGACAUUAUCCUUUCAUAGAUCUCACCUCUGCCCUUCAUAUUAUCCUACAGUUUAAGUUCAGAUGUUUGAAAUAGCUUAUAAAAUAAAAACUGGGACGCUUGCAAAUACUUCAGGCAACGAAAACUCUUGUUGUAAAAAAACAAAAAGCAGGAAAAGUAUGCUGAUACACAUCCCUACGAACUAACAUUUAUAAAAUAAAAUAAUAUACUGGAUCAAUGUUAUUAAGCAAGAACAUUAAGGUUUUUAAUAGUCCCAUCCUUUAAUAAAGUCAGCCUUUCUGUCCUUUACUACUUAUUUCAUCUUAGUGUGGAAAAUUUAAAUAUCACAUACAGGUGCUUUAACUAGUCAGAAUGCAGAAAUUAAAGCACCAGCCUUGUAUCUGUUGUAAAAUAACACUUCAUAGGAUUUUCCUGACAUGUUCAAAUAAUUAUAAAAAGUUAAUGGUGAACUGGACUUUACGCAGAAGCAGAGCAUAAAGUGUUUUACGAGCCAGCUGUUCCAUGCAGGUGAUAUGGCCAAUGAUCAGACAAAACAAAACUGAAUGA